UAGUAUUCGCAGGCGCAGUCCACACCCGUACUCUGAUCACUUCCUGGUUUGUAGUCCUCGGUACUCGUACCAUGACUGAGUGCUCCGCGGAGCCUCCCCCCUGCCCCGGGGCCCGCCGCCGCCGGCUUCUCUUGUCUCUGCCCAGUGUGUUUCCAGGACGGACCCGAGCAGUUCCAGAGCCAUCGGUUCCCUCUCCACCCCCGUCUCCCCCUCCUCCGCCUGCAGUGCCGGCCUGUGCUCCCCAGCCCCCCUCUUCCCCAGGAGGCCAGGACUCGCUCCUCGAGUGCCCGCUGUGUCUGGUCCGUCAGCCCCCCGAGGAGCUGCCCGAGUUACUGAGCUGCCGGCAUCGCUCCUGCCUGCGCUGUUUGCGCCAGUACCUCCGCAUCGAGAUCACCGAGAGCCGGGUGAACCUGCGGUGCCCGGAGUGCGCGGAGCGGCUCAGCCCUCAGCAUGUGCGGGCCAUCCUGCGGGACCCCCAGCUCACCCGAAAGUACGAGGAGUUCCUGCUGCGCCGCUGCCUGGCAGCUGACCCGGACUGCAGGUGGUGCCCUGCCCCAGACUGCGGGUACGCAGUUAUUGCCUAUGGUUGUGCCAGCUGCCCCAGGCUGGUUUGUGAGAGAGAAGGCUGCCAAACAGAAUUUUGUUACCACUGCAAACAUGUGUGGCACCCAAAUCAAACAUGUGACAUGGCCCGCCAGCAGCGGGCACCUUUAUUUGGUGUGCGCCGGAAGCACCCCUCGGGCAUCAGCUAUGGUCAGGAAUCUGGUUCAGCCGACGACAUGAAAUCUUGCCCCAGAUGUAGUGCUUACAUCAUCAAGAUGAAUGAUGGGAGUUGUAAUCACAUGACCUGUGCCGUUUGUGGCUGUGAAUUCUGCUGGCUGUGUAUGAAGGAGAUCUCUGAUCUACACUACCUCAGCCCCUCAGGUUGCACAUUUUGGGGUAAAAAGCCAUGGAGCAAGAAGAAGAAAAUUAUUUGGCAAUUGGGAACACUGAUUGGUGCUCCAGUGGGCAUAUCCCUGAUCGCUGGCAUUGCCAUUCCUGCCAUGGUCAUAGGGAUUCCAGUUUACGUCGGGAGAAAGAUCCAUGGCCGCUUUGAGAACAAAAAAACCUCCAAACACAAGAAGAAUUUGGCUGUGACCGGAGGAGUUAUCUUAUCCGUUAUUGCAUCUCCUGUGGUGGCAGCAGUCAGUGUUGGCAUUGGUGUUCCCAUUAUGCUAGCUUAUGUGUAUGGAGUGGUGCCAGUUUCCUUAUGUCGUGGCGGAGGAUGUGGCGUUAGCACGGCUAAUGGAAAAGGGGUCAAAAUUGACUUUGAGGAAGAUGGGCCCAUCACAGUGGCAGAUGCCUGGCGAGCACUGAAAAACCCAAGUAUUGGGGAAAGCAGCAUGGAGGGCCUUACUAGUGUCCUUAGCACCAGUGGAAGCCCCACCGAUGGACUUAGUGUUCUACAAGGAAACUACAGUGAAACUGCCAGCUUUGCAGCUCUCUCUGGCGGUACUUUAACUGGUGGGACAUUAACUGGUGGAAUGCUGAGUGGAGGCAGAGCCAAGUACUGCAGGCUGGAGGUCCAGGCGGAUGUACAGAAAGAUACAUGCCAAAAAGACUCUGUCAGCCUUGGAGCCGCAAGUGAUAGUGCCAGCACUAGGGCAAUGGCUGGCUCGAUCAUAAGUUCUUACAACCCACAAGAAAGGGAGGUCAAUAAUCUGGAAAUCCAAGUACAUAUAGAAGCCAAGCCUUCUCGAUACCAGCUGAUGAGUGAAAGCAGCACAGAAGAAUCUUUGCACCCUGGCGCCCCUCUUGUAGAGGGGGAGGAAGACUAUGCUUGCAGGGGCCAACUGGCCACCCGGGACAUAACUUUAGCACAACCUGAGAGCAUCCGCAGUGACCUGGAAAGUUCUGAUGCUCAGUCUGAUGAUGUGCCUGACCUAGCAUCAGAGGAGUAUGAUUCUCCCCAUCUACUUCCGCCAUCUCCUCCCGAACAGCGUCACGAGAGCCCUCCACCUCGCAUGUGUGCACAGCAAGAAGGUCUGUGUGCCCGCGAGGAAGUCCUCUCUAAACUGGAAUUUAUAGAGGUGAGAGUGUGAAGGGAGCUGCUUUACCCUCCUCAGAUUUUUGUAGUUUUUUCAUUUCUCCCAUAAAAGGCUUACGACCUACAUAUGUGUAUGUGUAUAUAUAUUAUAUUCAUAUGGAGGUGUGAAGGAGCCUAUGGGAUGGUUCCCAUUCUGCCAUUGGUAGAGGGCCAAUCGGCGCACAGCCCUGCCAUAUGCUACAAAUGCUUUGUCUUGGACCUUUAUAUUCCACUGUUCUGCCUGUCACUGUGAAAGGCCUGUGUCUCGCUCCUGUAAAUUUCUUUAAUUUAUUGACUUUGAAUGGAUGUAUAGAGAAUUUAUUUGGUUCUGUGGAACGUUAAAAGGGAUUUGGUGAAUCAGAUUUUUUUUUUUUCCUUUGUAAGGAAUUGUCGAUGAAUGAAUUAAAAAUUCCUGAUUUUAUUCUGGAGAUGUUUUACUGUAGGACCUGAUGCGCUUGUCUAAUAAACUGACUGCGAAACAUGGAUCUCAUCUUUACUGCUUUGAUUAGAAACACAACUGCUUAUGGGAAAUGUCCAUACAUGCAGUUUUAUUUAAAAAAAAUAAUAAUAAUUGUGGGUCAGUGCUUGGUUUUCUGUGAGACGUUGGGAACAACUUCUAUGGAAAACACUGUUGGAAGAUAUAUGCGCUUGAUAAGUGUAAAUGCUGGAUCUGAGCCCUAUGUUUCGCAUAUAUGUCAUCCACAGGGCUCAUUUCACUUGACGGAGGCCAAAAGUGUGUCCUUUUGGAAUCUGUUGGGGUGGUAUGCAUUGGUAUAACUAUUUGAUUAACUGUACAAGAGUGCACCAUACUGCAUUUUACUUUUCAGAGGUCCAGAAAAAAAAAAAGUUGUUGGCAAGUAUACUGUGUAUUUUAUUUUUUAUUUUUUACAAUUUGAGUCAGUGGGAGAUGUAUGUCACUGUGUGCCUAUGCAGUGGUAUGUUUCUGAGCCUUCUGUUGGAAGUGCACAUCAGAAAAUUUUGCCAACAUAUGCCUCUGAUGAAACACUUACAUGCUGUCUGCACAGAGCCUUAUUUUGUUUUACAUGACAUUACAUCAUUUAUAGCCAAAUUG